AUGGAGGUUUCAGGGGGCAGCAGCGGCGGCGCCGCCGUGGAUGUUCAGGCCGGGCACCGUUACAGGCUGCCGGACUUUCUGAACAGCGUGAGGUUGAAGUACGUGAAGCUAGGUUAUCGCUACCUGAUGUCGCAUCUCGUGACGCUCUGCGUGCUUCCGUUAAUGGCGGUCGUCGUCGUCGAGGCGAUGAAUUUGAGCUCCGACGACCUACGCCGCCUCUGGCUGGAUUUGCAGUACAAUCUGGUGGCAGUCAUCACCAUCUCCGCCCUGCUCGUAUUCGGAUCCACCUUCUACGCCCUGACCCGUGCCCGACCCGUUUACCUGGUGGACUACGCCUGCUAUCGCCCGCCCGACGCUUCGCAGGUCUCGACCGCCAUGUUCGUGGAGCGCGCGCGCCUCUCUGGUUUCUUCGACGAAUCGUCGAUCGAAUUUCAGAGGAAGAUUCUGGAACGUUCUGGACUCGGCGACGAGACGAGCUUCCCGGCGGCGAUGCUUUUGGUUCCUCCGAAGCCGACGAUGGAGGCGGCGAGGGAGGAAUCGGAGGAGGUGAUUUUCAGCGCUUUGGAUCGAUUGUUCGAGAACACCAAAAUUAACCCUAAGGAUUUGGGGAUUUUGGUGGUGAAUUCGAGCUUGUUCAAUCCGACGCCUUCUCUGUCUGCGAUGAUCGUCAACAGGUACAAAUUGAGGGGAAAUGUUCUGAGCUUCAAUUUGGGGGGAAUGGGGUGCAGCGCGGGGGUAAUCGCCAUUGAUUUAGCUAAGGACCUUCUGCAAAUCCACCGGAACACCUACGCCGCCGUGGUAAGCACGGAGAACAUCACGGCGAACUCCUACCACGGCAACAGAAAAUCAAUGCUCAUCCCCAACUGCCUCUUCCGAGUCGGCGGCUCCGCCGUGCUGCUAUCGAACAAACCGUCGGAGAAGAAGCGAUCCAAAUACAAGCUCAUCUACAUCGUCCGAACACACAAAGGCGCCGACGAGAAAGCCUACGGCUGCGUGAAGCAGGAGCAGGACGAACAGGGGAAAACAGGAGUAUCCCUGUCGCGUGACCUAAUGGCCGUCGCCGGCGGCGCGUUGAAAGCCAACAUCACCACGCUCGGCCCGCUGGUCCUCCCGAUCACCGAACAGCUCCUCUUCCUAACGGCAUUGCUUCGCCGGAAAUUCCUCGACGGGAAGACGAAGCCAUACAUCCCCGAUUUCAAGCUCGCGUUCGACCACUUCUGCAUCCACGCCGGCGGGCGGGCGGUGAUCGACGAGCUGGAGAAGAGCCUGGAUCUCCACGCCGACCACGUGGAGGCGUCGCGGAUGACUCUCCACCGGUUCGGGAACACGUCGUCGAGCUCGAUCUGGUACGAGCUGGCGUACACUGAGGCGAAGGGGAGGAUGAAGAAGGGGAAUAGGGUUUGGCAGAUUGCGUUCGGGAGUGGGUUCAAAUGCAACAGUGCGGUGUGGGAAGCCAUGGCCGACGUCGAGGCGGCGCCGAAUGGGCCAUGGGAGGAUUGCAUUGCAAGGUACCCUGUCGAUCUUGUUUACUGAUUAUUUACAUGCAUAGAGAAUAGAGAUACAUAUAUAAUACAGUUAGCUUAAAGUAAGACAAUAAAAGUUAAGUUGCUUAUUAUUAUGGUUAUGUUUUUCGUUUUAUUUAUUUUUUUGGUUCUUGCGAUUUUGAAUUUUUUCUUACAGACUUUGGUUUGGAAUAAUGAUGAUGAUGAUGUUGCAUUU